AUGCCCUUUACAUCAUCAUCAUCAUCAUCAUCAUCAUCAUCAUCAUCAUCAUCAUCAUCAUCAUCAUCAUCAUCAUCAUCAUCAUCAUCAUCAUCAUCAUCAUCAUCAUCAUCAUCAUCAUCAUCAUCAUCAUCAUCAUCAUCAUCAUCAUCAUCAUCAUCAUCAUCAUCAUCAUCAUCAUCAUCAUCAUCAUCAUCAUCAUCAUCAUCAUCAUCAUCAUCAUCAUCAUCAUCAUCAUCAUCAUCAUCAUCAUCAUCAUCAUCAUCAUCAUCAUCAUCAUCAUCAUCAUCAUCAUCAUCAUCAUCAUCAUCAUCAUCAUCAUCAUCAUCAUCAUCAUCAUCAUCAUCAUCAUCAUCAUCAUCAUCAUCAUCAUCAUCAUCAUCAUCAUCAUCAUCAUCAUCAUCAUCAUCAUCAUCAUCAUCAUCAUCAUCAUCAUCAUCAUCAUCAUCAUCAUCAUCAUCAUCAUCAUCAUCAUCAUCAUCAUCAUCAUCAUCAUCAUCAUCAUCAUCAUCAUCAUCAUCAUCAUCAUCAUCAUCAUCAUCAUCAUCAUCAUCAUCAUCAUCAUCAUCAUCAUCAUCAUCAUCAUCAUCAUCAUCAUCAUCAUCAUCAUCAUCAUCAUCAUCAUCAUCAUCAUCAUCAUCAUCAUCAUCAUCAUCAUCAUCAUCAUCAUCAUCAUCAUCAUCAUCAUCAUCAUCAUCAUCAUCAUCAUCAUCAUCAUCAUCAUCAUCAUCAUCAUCAUCAUCAUCAUCAUCAUCAUCAUCAUCAUCAUCAUCAUCAUCAUCAUCAUCAUCAUCAUCAUCAUCAUCAUCAUCAUCAUCAUCAUCAUCAUCAUCAUCAUCAUCAUCAUCAUCAUCAUCAUCAUCAUCAUCAUCAUCAUCAUCAUCAUCAUCAUCAUCAUCAUCAUCAUCAUCAUCAUCAUCAUCAUCAUCAUCAUCAUCAUCAUCAUCAUCAUCAUCAUCAUCAUCAUCAUAUGUGUUUACAUGUUUAUGUGUAAUGAUAAUGGAAGUAUUCAUUAUUUUAACCAUUCACUUCCUUUCAAUUUCUAUAUAUAUAUAUUAG